AUGUCCUCGCUCACUCACCCUACCAUCAAAGACGGAUGGUUCGCCGAAAUUUCUGACACCAUGUGGCCUGGUCAAGCUAUGUCCAUCAAGGUCAAAGAAGUGUUGCACGUUGAGCAAUCUAAGUACCAAGAUGUUUUAGUAUUCAAGUCUGAAACCUACGGUAAUGUUUUAGUUUUGGAUGGCUGCAUUCAAGUCACUGAACGUGACGAAUUUGCCUACCAAGAAAUGAUCGCUCAUUUGGCAUUGAACUCCCACCCAAACCCAAAGAAGGCUCUUGUCAUCGGUGGUGGUGAUGGUGGUGUCUUGAGAGAAAUCUUAAAGCACGAGUCCAUUGAGGAAGCAUGGCUUUGUGACAUUGAUGAAACUGUCAUCAAGGUCUCGAAGAAGUAUCUUCCAGAAAUGUCCAAGUCGUAUGAAGACCCAAGAGUCAAGGUUCACAUUGGAGAUGGUUUCAAGUUCUUAGCUGAGUACAAGAACCAGUUUGACGUUAUCAUUACUGAUUCUUCUGAUCCUGAAGGUCCAGCUGAAGUUCUUUUCCAAAAGCCAUACUUCACAUUAUUGAAGAAUGCCUUAACAGAAAAGGGUGUUAUUACCACUCAAGCUGAAAAUAUCUAUUUACACAUGGAUAUCAUCUCUCAAUUGAAGAAGGACUGUAAUGAAAUCUUCCCAGUUGCUGAGUACGCUUACACUAUGAUCCCAACUUACCCAUCUGGCUCUAUUGGUUUCAUGGUGUGUUCUAAAGAUGCCAACGCCGAAGUUUCCAAGCCAAUCAGAUUUGACUGGACCGAUGAUUUCGUUCGUAAAAACUUGAAGUAUUACAACGCAAAGAUUCACGAAGCUUCCUUCGUCUUACCAACUUUUGCUGACGAAAUUCUCAACAAAAAAUCUGCUUGA